GUAUCGCGAUUAAAUCCUCAACACAAAAAGCCCCGCUGUUGCUUGGACGACGGUCGGAACUCCCGCUUUUGUAAUCAUUUUAUUUUGAAACGUUCAACCGGGACUCCCGGUUUUUAUUUACGUUGAGCUGACAUUGCUGCGAGCGAGCAGGCGGAGAGGAACGGCAUCUAAAAACCGACUUGGAAAAACUACUUAGCGAGCUCCUAGUCUUGGCCUUAAGGGGGCAACAGCAUGAGUCAGGAGUCACUGGAGUCUGAUGGAGACUCUGCCCAGGAUGGAUCUGACUUUAACUGGGAUGACUACCUGGAGGAGACUGGAGCCGUGUCUGUGCCCCAUCACGCCUUCAAACAUGUGGACCAGGGCCUGCAGACAGGACUGACUCCUGGCAUGAAGCUGGAGGUGUGUGUGCGCUCAGAGGCCGACAGUCCUUACUGGGUGGCCAACAUCAUCACCACAUGUGGCCAGCUGCUGCUGCUACGCUACGAGGGAUACCAGGAUGACCGGCGUGCCGACUUCUGGUGUGACAUCAUGACAGCAGACCUCCACCCGCUGGGCUGGAGCCGCCAACAUGGGAAGACCAUGAGGGCCCCUGAGGGUGUGCGUGAGAAGCACCAGGACUGGGACGCUCUGCUGGAAAAGGCCCUGGCUGAGGAGUGCAGCGCGCCUGCCAACCUGCUGGAAUUGCCCCAGCGUGGUAGAGACCCAGUGGAGCUCCUGUGUGCAGGCUGCUACGUGGAGCUCCAGGACAGCGUUGACCUGGCGCUGGCCUGGGCUGCUGAGGUGGAGGAGAACGUCGGCGGAAGACUGAAGCUGCGCCUGGUAGGCACAGAGGGCCUUCCUGACACACCCGCGACCCUCUGGCUCUUUUAUCUCCACCCUCGCCUCCACCCAACCGGCUGGGCCAAAGAGCAUGGCUGCACCCUCAGGCCUCCUUCAGACCUGUUGACCCUGCGGACAGAGGAAGAGUGGGAGGAGGUGAGACAGAGAAUCGGUGACCUGCCUCAGGAUGAAGCUCUGACUGCAGAGUUCAGUAAGGAUCAGCCUGCCAUCGCUGCUCAUUGUUUCAAGGAAGGAAUGAAACUGGAGGCUGUUGACCCUGCUGCUCCUAUUUCCAUCAGGCCUGCCACUGUCACCAAGGUGUUCAAUGAGCAGUACUUCCUGGUGACGAUGGACGACCUUUGUGGUAUUGAGGAGUCAGAGGGUGCUGGGAGGUCCUUUCUGUGUAGCAGAGACAGUCCAGGGAUCUUCCCUGCUCAGUGGAGCCUCAAAAACGGGCUCCCUCUCAGCCCCCCACCAGGAUACCAGGGUCCAGACUUUGACUGGGCAGAUUAUCUGAAACAGUGCGAGGCUGAGGCAGCUCCUCAGCAUUGCUUCCCAACUGAGCAAUGUGACCACAGCUUCAAAGAGGCCAUGAAACUGGAGGCCGUCAACCCUCUGUCACCUGAGAACAUUCACGUGGCAACUGUCACCAGGGUCAAAGGGCAAUACAUUUGGCUCAACCUGGAAGGACUGAAGCAGCCCAUGCCAGAGCUGAUAGUUCAUGUGGACUCCCUCGACAUCUUCCCUGUCAGCUGGUGUGAGACAAACGGCUAUCCCCUCGUCUACCCCAUCAAACCCUCAGUUGAAAAAGAGAGGAAGAUUGCUGUGGUGCAGCCUGAGAAACACCGGGCUCCACCUAAGUCAUCGUCACCUGACACUGUCAAGCAGCAGAUGGCCAACCAGUCGGAGACAGGACAAGGGAACGGGAAAUACUGCUGUCCCAAGAUCUACUUCAACCACCGCUGUUUCUCUGGGCCUUACCUUAACAAGGGACGCAUUGCAGAGCUGCCUCAGUUCAUUGGCCCUGGAAACUGUGUCCUCGUGCUCAAAGAGGUAUUGACUCUGCUGAUAAACUCGGCAUACAAGCCCAGCCGUGUGCUGAGAGAGCUGCAGCUGGACCAGGAGAGCCGCUGGCAAGGCCAUGGAGAGACACUCAAAGCCAAGUACAAGGGAAAGAGUUACCGGGCCACUGUGGAAAUAGUCCGCACUGCAGAUCGUGUGGCAGACUUCUGCAGGAAAACCUGCAUCAAGCUAGAGUGCUGCCCCAACCUGUUUGGACCCCGCAUGGUUCUGGACCACUGCUCGGAGAACUGCUCUGUCCUCACCAAGACCAAAUACACAUAUUACUAUGGAAAGAAGAAGAGUAAACGUGUUGGACGUCCACCCGGGGGCCACUCCAACUUGGAGGGUGGAGUGAAGAGAAGAGGGAGGAGGAGGAAGAGGAGGAAGCAGCUCUUCGUCCAUAAGAAGAGACGCUCCUCAGCCUCAGUGGACAACACGCCUGCUGGCUCUCCACAGGGCAGUGGAGAGGAAGAAGAUCUGGAUGAAGAUGACUCCCUGAGUGAAGACUCUGGCUCUGAGCUGCAGGACGAUCUCCAGGAUGAUUCUGAACAAUCGUUUGGGAAGUCUCAGCCCACCACGCCGUCCCCCUCCCCACCGGCAACACCCAGGCCCACACGCCGGCGCCGGAAACCCCGCUCACCCUCGUUCUCUGAUGAUGAGAACCGCCCUCCUUCACCAAAGACCUCAAAGACUGAGCCCCCUCAGAAGUUGUGUUUGGACACUAGCCCGCUGGAGUGGAGUGUUACUGAUGUGGUUCGCUUCAUCAGGACCACUGACUGUGCACCUCUUGCACGGAUUUUCUUAGAUCAGGAGAUUGAUGGACAGGCUCUGCUGCUGCUGAACCUCCCUACAGUGCAAGAGUGUAUGGACCUGAAGCUGGGACCAGCCAUCAAGCUGUGCCACCACAUUGAGAGGGUCAAGCUGGCAUUUUAUCAACAGUUUGCUACGUAGCUGAUGGGGAAUGAACAUGGACGUGACUACAUCCUGUGUAUCAAUCCUGUAAAAAAAAACAAUGUUUUUUUCCCAUUCUGACUUUCCAAACACUGGACAUGCUUUAGAAUCCUGCAUUAACCGCACCGUGUCGGACAAGCGUGGUCACGAGAUGAACGAAGCAACAUUUUCUGAUCGUUGGAAAAAAGAACAAAGAAGAAGAACAGCUACACGGACAAAACAGUUCAGGUGCUCUUUAGGAAAGGCAAAGGGUAGGACUGAACGACAGAAGAAUUCAAGGCAGUUUGAUACCAUAAAUAAGUGUAAAAGCCUUUAUUAAUUCCAGCAUGUUUUGCAAAAAAAAAAAAAAAAAAAAAAAGCAAGCCAUCAAAAAGGACUUGCUUUCAAGCAACAGACUGGUUUCUAGCUAAAGGCUUCUUUAUUUAUUUGUGUCUUCUGAGUGCCUCGGAUUCUUCUUUUAUUUCCUCUUUCUUUGAGGAAGUGACUGAGAGCCAGUGCUACAACCCCAUUGGUUCCUUUUGUCCAUUCAUGAUUUCCAGCCUGCCCUGCUGUCUCUAAAAGGGAAUACCAUGGAAUCACAGCUUUUACUUGUCAUAUUAAGCCCUAGAAUAUUUGGUAUCUGCUAGUCAACCUUUGCUAUUGUCUGCUGGAGUCAGAAAUGAGGUGGUCUCGCCUCCUAAUCUGGUGAUUUCACACUGAAGUCUAAUUUCCCUGAAAACAUGUUUCAACAUUUUUUAUGCAAAUGAGGGUACACACGGUAUAUGACAGCCCACUUACAUUGAAGCACUUAAAAACAAACACAUUGUUUUUCACAAAAUCCAUUUCACUGCAAAAGCUCCAAGCUGUAUCUUGGAGUACCAACAGAUUGGGAGUCUUUGUUUUAUGGUUUCUUAUGUCUUUUUAGAUUUACUUCUGUUCUCAAGGAGAUAAUUUUGCCCAUUAAUUAAGCAAAGACAAAAAUAAUUGUUUGCACACAGAUAAAUCUACAAUUUGCAUAUAAUUAGUAUGGUUAGCAAGUUUCUUGAAAGCUAGAGGUAAUAUUAAUCUAGAUAUAAAUAACAAAGAACAGCCAUAGUGAGUCAUCACAAGUAAUGGAAUUAGAUUUUUGUGUGAACACCAGACAUGAAUACUGUACCAUUUGCAAACAUUAUCCAGCUGAAUUAAGAUACAGUCUGCUCAACAACAGAUAAAAGUGGGCCUUCAUCUCAAGAGAUCAAAUUGCUUUCUUGUUCAAGCUUCUACAGUGCAAGGAUUCUGUAAUGUAAGCACAAGCAAAACCCAUGUACUGUAUGCUGGUAUGCAAAUGACAGUGCAUGUUUGUAUAUAGUGUAUAUAAUCAAAUAUCUUCUAGUGCAACAGGGUGAUUAAAAAGAAAAAACAAUUGAGCAAUUAACUUUCUGCAUAAACAAUGUGUGAAUGCCCUAAAUAUACAAUAUAUUUGCACAGAAUAGGCCUAAACUUUCUCACAUGGGGUGUUUGGUUAAAACUAAUUCUGUUACAGUUGAUUAUUUGAGCCAUUUCAUAAUCACUGAAGUCAUUAUUUUUAACAAUUAACUUAAUGAUAAAUGUGAAGUUUUAAAGCAAGUAGAUAUUCUCAAAAUGCUUUUGUAAGUCUGUUUUCCUUUUUUUUACCAGUUCCUGUAGUGCGAUUUACUGUAAUGUGUAUCAUUUUGUGUGAGGUUCUUUGUUUACUCAUUUUCUUGUAGUUUCCGCAAUGGAACAGCUUUUUAUUUCAUGUUUGAAGAUUAUAACUGCUAUUUAAAAAGGAAGACUGCAAAUAAAUCGAUUAACAACGA